AUGACUGUACCGCCCGUCCCUUCCAAUUCAGCCGUUCUUGCAAUAAAGAGGAAACUCUUUGGAAGUAGAGAACAUGUUCGACCAGUUGACACGGAUGAUAAGAAGAACGUCACAGUUCAUAACAAGAACUUCGCUGAGGAACAAAGCAAAUUCUUGGAAGUCGUCCAAUUUCUAAUUGAAAAGGAAGUUGAUGUCAAAGCUCCAUCUCUUGUCUUCAUUGCUGCCGGGUUAGGCUAUGUGGAAGUCUUGAAGUACCUGCUUGACAAUGGAGCAGAUGUAAACACUGUGAACGAAAAAAAUCAAACCUUGGUCUAUGUUGCUGCUUCAUUUGGCCACCUAAACGUUGUGGAGUACUUGUUUUUCAAGGGUGUAGAUGUCAAAAGUCCGGCGACCGACGGAGUUACUCCUGUGUUUGAGGCAGCGGCUCGUGGACACUUGGAUGUCGUAAAGUAUUUGGUUGAAAAAAUGUCAGAAGCGGAUUUCCAACAAGUCGCUAAAGAUGGUUGCAUGGUUUUUCAUUAUGCCGCUCGAGGUGGGCAUUUAGAAGUCGUCAAGUACUUAAACGAGAAGGGAGGUAGUGCCACAGUUGCCAAUGAACUGGGAGAGACUCCGAUCUUGCUAGCAGCUGAAGGUGGCCACACGGAUGUCGUCCAAUAUCUAUUUGAACACGGAGGUAACGUCAACCUUCCUGCAAAUGACGGAAAGACGCCAGUGUGGGCCGCAGCUCAGAAUGGAUACUUGACUACUAUGAAAUUCCUCGUUGAUAAGGGAGCAGAUGUUCAACUUGUUGUCAAACCAAAAUCAAAAAAAAAAGAAGAUCAGACUUGGGCUGGCGCAACUACGAUUCUCGUAGCGGCAUUUGAUGGGCACCUAGACGUAGUGGAGUACUUGGCAAAUAAGAAUGUGGACGUCAACGCUCCAGCUGACGAUGGUUGGACACCUGUAUUUGCCGCCGCGAACGGUGGUCAUUUGAAGGUUAUCGAAUACUUAGUCAAGCAAAAGAAUGCCGAUGUCAAUGUAACGGUAAAGUCAGGAAAUUACGAUGGCGCUCCCGCAGGAGCAACACCUGUCUAUACUGCAUCUCAUUUCGGCUAUCUAGACAUCGUCAAAUUUUUGGUAGAGGAGGGAAAAGCGGAUGUCAAUAUCAAUAAAGCUGGCCGCACGCCCCUUAAAGCUGCUCAAGGCCACCCUGACUUGAAAGCGUAUUUAAUACAGCAUGGUGCAAAGUGA